AUGAUAUCAGAAGAAAUCUCAAAUUCGUCAACAAACGUCGCUAGUCCUAACGUCGUGGACACUAUGCAGAGGAUCACCGCACUUGCCAACAGGCGAAACCUGUCUACUCUGGAGGACUUUGUCCUCGUUAUCUCUCAAACCAUGUCUUCUACUGCUCCAGCUGUUCAAUACCCAUUAGGAACAGAUCGAGGCAUCCCAAACGACGCAAGGAUACAGUAUGCUAUGUAUUAUGUCGAGCAAGGCUUGCAAAGAUUCCCAGAUUCCUACGACCUCAAGUAUUUUGGUCACAAGAUUGCUGUCAGACAAGGAAACAUGUCAAGAGCUACCGAAUUUUUUAUGGCCUUACGCGGACAAUAUAAUGAUCACGAGCCAUUCAAAGAAUAUCUUGCUCAAAUCGCUCAUUCUGUUAUUAAUACAUAUGCUGAUGAAAAUUUCUCAUUUUUCAUCGAGCUACCUUCGGAUAUAAGGGAGGAUAUACUUUUGCGUAGCGCAAUAUUUUAUGAAUCCAAAGAGAAGUUCUUAGAAGCUUGUAACUUAUUUAACGUAGUUUUAAAAGUGAAUCAAAAUACAGAAUCAGUGUUUUACCUGGGGAUACACGCGGCUGAACUUACCAUUAGGUGCGAAGAUCGGCAGGCUCUACCAGUUGAUAAUCCAUAUCGGAUGCUGUUAGCAACACAGUUUCUUCCGUUCAUACUGCGGCGAAAAAUCACGGUAUAUGAUAAUGACUCUCUGUCCACAAGGAUCACACCAACUACUUCGGUACCAAACGUACGAAUAGCCGCAAGACAUUCCAAGUCAAACAGCGCAUCUAUACAAACUGGCAAAACGCAUGGAUCAAAGAAACGGACAGAUAAUCGAGUACAAUUCAAACAACUUAUCUCGUGGCUCUAUCGCACACAAAGUUAUUACUUGGCAUUGAGGGAAUGGAGGACAUUAUUUGAAGUAUCCCUGGAGGUGUUGAGCAAGUGUGGGUAUCUGAAACUGGAAAGCUCAGCAGCAAUCAGAGUAGUAGAUCUUUUUGACCAACCACUCGACUUUGCUGAAAAACUUUUCGAUCUCAUCGCUCGAGGGAAAUUCGCAGACAAGCGCCAGUCAACCAUUGCCCUUUCUAUUGGGAUCGCAUGCUUCAUAUAUCAUUGUUUCGAAUAUUACGAACGUGUUUUUGGGGAAAAGUCUAGAUCCGGUGAUGGAAAUAGUACCUGUCUGAUACCGGUAACUAGAAACGAGUCCAAUAGAUCGAUACUGACUCCUAGCAUGCAGUAUCUUGCUUCAUAUAAUACAUCAAAACAAAAGCUAGAUCCUGCGAUUGCGAACACGUUUCCGAGGGUCAAAAACAACACUGUUAGACGAAACGGCUCGCAUUCGGAACGAACCAAAAAAAGAAAAGUCUGUCAAUCGGAUAGAUGUGAACGUUAUGACGUUAUGAAAGUUACCAAUCUUCUUAUAUCCGAAGAUGCUUCGCAACAAACUGAUUGCAUGUGUGAUAACUCUGAUGAUGAUAGCGCCUCAGAAGCAGAGGUCGCGAAUAACCAAGAAGUGAACGAUGCCAUAGUCGGCGAAGCUAUACUAUAUUUGGAAAGAGCUGGCGAUUGCUGGAUAAGGCUAAAAAAAAUGAUUAAUAAUGCCAACUGUGAUGUGGAACAAGAAAUAACCAGACUUAUUGAAAUAUGGAAGCUUCCUCUCGAUUUAUCCAACGCAUUAUCAUUUACAAGUGGAGAAAUUGCGCUAGCAGAAAUGGAAAUAGAAGAAGCACAUACAGUGUGUUAA